AACUAAAGGGUAACAAUAACAUAGGUCUAAAAUGGAGGAAGCUGUUGUGGUUAUGCUCAUUUUGUUUAAUACAGUUCGUUAGCAGAAGCAACAAUCUUGCAUAAUUUCCAUACAGUCGUGACACAAAACAAAGAAGAAGGUUCGUCUAAAAACUUGUUUCAGCGCGUGGUAGCUUACUGUUAGGAAGCACUGUAGGCUCUCAGUGCUAGCCUGAUAGCUAGCUUCAUUAACAGACACAGUGGUUAUGGAGGUGGACGAGAUGGAGACGAGAAUGCCGGAGCUCCAGGUGUCUGGGGAGACGAUAUCAGACAAGAUAAAGACAGAAUCUGAUGAAGAGAGAGAUGAUAAUGAAAAUAUGUCCAAUUCCCCAUGUGAGUCUGUUCCCUCCACGAGUGAAACUCCCAGCAAGGAGACACAAUCGGAAGACAGUUCUGACUCUCUCAGUGUAAUAAAAACAGCAGUAGUGGUCUUGACCCGACUCCCUGACUAUAAGAUCAGCGCUCUGCGACCGCCAACGCCUCAGCAGUUCUACAGUGAAGACGACUCCAUCAGCAGCUCUGACUCUGACAUGCAGUGGGAACCAGACGACGAUUCUAGUGAUUCUGAUUUCUCACUCUCAAACAAUAAACAGAAAACUGGAAAACUACAAUCGAGCAGUAAAAACAACAACGUGUCAGAACCAGCCCCUGUAAUAAUAUCAUCGGCUUUUGCGCAUUGCUCCAAUGAAACCAUGAAGGUCCGUCCUAACUUGCCAGAAGAAGAGGUCACAGUGGGCACGAUGGUCCUGGCCAGGAAGAGGUCGAUGAGAUGGCAACGGGGGAAAAUAGUAGAGAUGGUAACAAAGGACGAUGGACGGUUGAAGUACAAAGUUUGUUUUGAAGAAAAGGGGAAGAGCCUCGUGUCUGGCCACCAUAUUGCCUUUGACACCACACCGAAGCUGGAGCAGCUUUAUGUCGGUUCUCGUGUGGUGGUCAGGUGUCAAGAUAACAAGUUCAGGUUCCGGCCGGGGGUUUUGUCAGAGCUCCCCAGCAGAAAGAAUCGCUUAAGGUUCUUGGUCUUUAUGGAUGAUCACACGCCGGUCUAUAUUGGUUUACCUUUAUUUCACCUGGUGUGCAGACCACUGGAAGAAGUUACAGACGACAUUCCAGACAGCCCUCACAAGUCUUUCAUGGCGCAGUAUCUGAAAGACUGGCCGUACCCCCAUUUAACCCAGUACAAGGCUGGACAGAGCUUUAAUGUCCAGUUAAAUGGAGCCCAUCAGAGGUGUGAGGUGCAGGUGGUCGACUGCAGCGUAAUGCAGAUCGUUUUUCAGGAUAAUCAACACAAGGAGUGGAUCCAUCGAGGCUCUAUGCGACUUGAACACAUGGCCAAAUUUUUGGAAAUGAAAGGAGCGAAAGAGCAUGAUGAUGAUUCUGACUAAACACUAGACACAGGAAGAAUUAUUAUGUGGAAUAUCAGAAAUUCAGUAAUUUUCCAGUGUAUCAAUCAUCAUCACCCUGAAAUGAUGUACCAUUGCAUUUCUUUUAGGAAAAAUAUUUCCAAUUAUGAGAUGCGCGCACAUGAAUAACUCAUGCCCAACGUUUGUUCCUAUGUGAUUGUCUUUGUUUUCUAGAUUCAUUUUAUUUCUACAUGUGCAGAUUUAGUUACUUGGUGGAUUAUUGCGUUGCCAAUUUAAAUUGUGCCCCCUUAAAACAGGGAGUAAUGGUAAAUAUGUGUUUGUCUAGACCUGCAAAUUCAUGUUAAAGCAGCUUUUGGCAGCAUAUUCAAGCAGCCGUAAGUUCAAAUAAGCAACUGUACAUUAUUGUACUGGACACACUAUUUGACUUUAUUUUACUCUUUUACAGUGUGACAGACCAAGCACAAAUUGAGGACUUAAAUGAUGCAAUAUAAUAAUGCAGACUUUCUAUAUGAAAUACUUGAAGGGAUAUUUGUGGUGAGCAAAGGUGCUACAUCAUGUUUUGAAUUUUGCUAGUGUGGAUGUUGAUGAGUUUUGUGACGCUGGAACAAGAGAGAUGGACAUCACUGUAAAUAUGUUUUGCUUAAUCCUUCAGCUGUAUGUGUGUUUUCAUUUUUAUUGUCUUAUUUUUAUCCAAAGCGACUUACAACAACAUUUUUAAGAAUCAUGAACUGAACUGCUUCAAUUGCUACAUUUUGAGACAAUAAAAGCUUUUUUUCCGUUAUUUCUUUAUUUUAUGCUUCAAGUCUGAAAAGAUGAGUUUUCAGUCUGCGAUGGAAGAUUUGUGGCGUUUCUGCUGUCCUGAUGUCAACGAGGAGCUCGUUCCACCAUGAGUGGAGCCAAGACAGCAACCGGUCGUGACUUUGUUGAGCUGUAUUUGUUUUUAGUCUUUAAAUUGUUAAGAAGAAUUGUUGCCCAUAGCAACCGAUGUAAGUCGAUGAGUCUUUAUUCAUAUGCACUUUAAAAUUAGUUUUGCUCAUCUAACCAAUGAUCUGCAUUUUGUCAACAUUAUGCAAUUUGCUCUUAUUUGAGUGCUUUGCUUUCUUUUGUUUUUGUUUCUUUCAUUUAUUGUAAUAAUUUUUAAAAAGCCUCAUGUCCAGAGAUAAAAAAACAACAACUUCAACCUU